GAAGAGGAAGCCGAAGGAGAAGCCUCCUGCUGGCGUCGGGGCUGAAGACGGCGUUCAGAAGGAGAAGGAACCCGUCAGAGACCAGAGCCCGGGUCCUGCAGCCCGGAGGAGGAGGAGGAGGAAGCCUCCUAAAGCGGCGGUGGAAGCCACCGUAGCCCAGAAGGCGAUGGACGACGCCCAGGCGAAGCCCAAGCGGAGGCCGCUGGUCCGGGCGGCUUCGGAGGAGAGUUCCAUCGAUCCCAGCUCUGUCGGCUGCUCGCCAUUUCCUGGCGACACGCUGCCCUGGAACCUGCCCAGGCACCACCGCAUCAAGCGCUCCAAGUCGGCCUCCGGAGACGUCCUGGACCCGGCGGAGAGGGCCGUGAUCCGGAUCGCAGAUGAACGGGACCGAGUCCAGAAAAAGACAUUCACAAAAUGGGUCAACAAGCACCUGAUGAAGCACUGGAAGGCGGAGGCGCAGAGACACAUCGUCGACCUGUACGAGGACCUCAGAGAUGGACACAACCUCAUCUCCCUGCUGGAGGUCCUCUCCGGGGACACUCUGCCUCGGGAGAAGGGGAGGAUGCGCUUCCACAAGCUGCAGAACGUCCAGAUCGCUCUGGACUUUCUCAAACACAGACAGGUCAAACUGGUCAACAUCAGGAAUGAUGACAUCGCAGAUGGAAACCCCAAGCUGACGCUGGGGCUGAUAUGGACCAUCAUCCUUCACUUCCAGAUCUCGGACAUCCAGGUGAACGGCCAGUCCGACGACAUGACGGCCAAGGAGAAGCUGCUGCUGUGGUCCCAGCGGAUGGUGGAGGGGUACCAAGGCCUUCGCUGCGACAACUUCACCACCAACUGGAGAGACGGCCGGCUCUUCAGCGCCAUCGUGCACAAGCACAGGCCCGCUCUGAUCGACAUGAGUCAGGUCUACCGGCAGACCAACCAGGAGAACCUGGAGCAGGCCUUCAGCGUGGCUGAGAGGGAGCUGGGCGUCACCCGGCUGCUGGACCCUGAAGAUGUGGAUGUUCCUCAUCCGGAUGAGAAAUCCAUCAUCACGUACGUGUCCUCGCUGUACGACGCCAUGCCGAGGGUCCCGGACGUCCAGGACGGCGUCAAGGCCAACGAGCUGGAGCUGCGCUGGCAGGAGUACUACGAGGUGGUGACCAUGCUGCUGCAGUGGAUCCGCCACCACGUCCUGGUCUUCGAGGAGAGGAGGUUCCCCAGCAGCUACGAGGAGGUCGAGGUUCUCUGGAGGCAGUUCCUGAAGUACAAGGAGACAGAGCUUCCUGCCAAAGAGGCCGACAAGAACCGCUCCAAACACAUCUUCAAGUCCUUCGAGGGCGCCGUCCAGGCCGGCCAGGUCAAGGUUCCCCCCGGCUACCAUCCCUUCGACGUGGAGAAGGAGUGGGGUCGGCUGCACGUCGCCAUCCUGGAGCGGGAGCGCCUCCUCAGGACCGAGUUCGAGAGGCUGGAGCGGCUUCAGAGGGUCGUCAGUAAAGUCCAGAUGGAGUCGGGGGUUUGUGAGGAGCAGCUCAACCAGGUGGAGACGCUGCUACAGGCGGACGUGAGGACGAUGAGCUCCGGGAAACCUCCUCAGCACACCGGAGAGGUGGAGGCGGACCUGGAGAAGGCGGAGGGGAUGAUCCGCCUCCUCUUCAACGACGUCCAGCUGCUCAAGGACGGACGCCACCUGCAGGCCGAGCAGAUGUACCGCAGAGUCUACCGGCUCCACGAGCGGCUGGUGAACGUCCGCAGCGAGUACAACCUGCGGCUGAAGUCGGGAGUGACGACCCAGCAGAUCCCCAUGACCCAGGUCCACACGGUCCAGGUCCUGCGGCAGGCGGCCCGGCCCGAGCUGGACGAGGUCACCCUGCGCUACGCCCGCGACCUGCUGGGCUGGGUGGAGGAGAACCAGCGGCGGGUGGAGGAGGGCGAGUGGGGCGCCGACCUGCCCGGCGUGGAGUCCCACCUGGGCAGCCACCGGGGCCUCCACCAGUCCGUGGAGGAGUUCCGCACCAAGAUCGAGCGGGCCAAGGCGGACGAGAGUCAGAUCACCGCCGCUAGCAAACCUGCGUACCGCGACUACCUGGGGAAGCUGGAGCUGCAGUACGGGAAGCUGCUGGCGGCGUCCAAGUCCCGCCUCCGCUACCUGGUGGAGCUCCACACCUUCGUCAGCGCCGCCACCAAGGAGCUGCUGUGGCUGAACGAGAAGGAGGAGGAGGAGGUGAACUACGACUGGAGCGACCGGAACCCCAACGUCACGUCCAAGAAGGACAACUACUCGGGUCUGAUGAGGGACCUGGAGCACCGGGAGAAGAAGGUCAACGCCGUCCAGGCGACGGGAGACAAGCUGCUGAGGGACGGACACCCGGCCAGGAGGACCAUCGAGUCUUUCACCGCAGCCCUGCAGACGCAGUGGAGCUGGCUCCUGCAGCUCUGCUGCUGCAUCGAAACCCACCUGAAGGAAAAUGCAGCCUACUUCCAGUUCUUCGCCGACAUGAAGGAGGCGGAGGAGAAGAUGAGGAAGAUGCAGGACACCAUGAAGAGGAAGUACAGCUGCGACCGCUCGGUGACGGUGACGCGGCUGGAGGACCUGCUGCAGGACGCCACCGAUGAGAAGGAGCAGCUGAACGAGUUCAGCACUCACCUGGAGGGUCUGAAGCGCCGAGCAAACACCAUCGUCCAGCUGAAACCCAGGAACCCAGCGACUCCCAUCAAGGGGAAGCUGCCCAUCCAGGCCGUGUGCGACUUCAAGCAGAUGGAGAUCACGGUCCACCGAGGAGACGAAUGCGCCCUUCUGAACAACUCGCAGCCGUACAAGUGGAAGGUCCUGAACGACAGGGGCGACGAGGCGUCGGUGCCGUCCAUCUGCUUCCUGGUUCCACCCGUCAACAAAGACGCCCUGAAUGCCGUCGCCGGGCUGGACGGGAACCUGCAGCGGCUGCAGAACAUGUGGCAGAUGAUGUUCGUGGACCUGAAGAGCCUGUUGGCCUGGCAGUACCUGAUGAGGGACGUCCACGUCAUCAAGACCUGGAACGUCACCAUGUUCAAGACCAUGCGGGUGGACGAGUACCGGCUGGCCCUGAGGAACCUGGAGACGCACUACCAGGACUUCCUGAGAGACAGCCAGGACUCCCAGAUGUUCGGGGCCGAGGACCGCAUGCAGGUGGAGUCCAACUACAACCGGGCCAGCCAGCACUACACCACCAUGGUCAGCUCCGCAGAGCAAGGCUCCGUUCCCCUGUCAGCAGGCGAGCAGGACGAGUCCGUGUGCAGGACGUACCUGUCCACCAUCAAGGACCUCCGCCUGAGGCUGGAGGCCUGCGAGACCCGGACGGUGUCGCGCCUCCGGCAGGCCGUGGACAAGGAGCCGCUGAAGGCCUGCGCCCUGAAGACCAGCGACCAGAUGAAAGUCCAGUCGGAGCUGGAGGACCUGAAGAAGGAGCUGAACGCCGUCGCCGAGAAGACGGAGGAGGUCCUGGCAUCGCCGCAGCAGUCCAGCUCCGCCCCCAUGCUGCGCUCGGAGCUGGACCUCACCCUGCGGAAGAUGGACCACGUCUACAGCCUGUCCUCCGUCUACCUGGACAAGCUGAAGACCAUCGACGUCGUCAUCAGGAAUACUAAAGACGCAGAGAACACCCUGAAGGGCUACGAGACUCGCCUGCGGGACGUGACCAAGGUCCCGGACGGGCCCCAGGACGUGGAGGAACAGCGCAGCCAGCUGAAGGCGAUGCGCAGCGAGGCCGAGGCCGACCAGCAGGUCUUUGACCGGCUGCAGGACGAGCUCCGCCGGGCGGCGGCCGACGACGACCGGAUGACCCGGAUCCACAGCGAGCGCGACGCAGACCUGGAGCACCAGCGGCACCUGGUGGGGGGGCUGCUGGACCGCUGGCAGGCCGUGUUCGCCCAGGUGGACCUGCGGCAGCGCGAGCUGGACCUGCUGGGCCGCAGGAUGAAGUCGUACCGCCAGAGCUACGAGGCGCUGAUCCGCUGGCUGGCCGAGGCCCGGCAGAGGCAGGAGGGAAUCCAGGCCACGGCCCUCGGCGAGGGCGGGACCCUGAGGGCUCAGCUGGCCGAGGAGAAGAAACUCCUGGAGGAGAUCGAGAGGAACAGAGAUGACGUGGAGAGCUGUCAGAAGAACGCCAAGGCCUACAUCGAUUCGCUCAAGGACUACGAGCUGCUGAUCCUCACCUACAAGGCCCUGCAGGACCCGACCGCGUCGCCGCUGAAGAAGCCCAAGAUGGAGAGCGCGUCGGACAGCAUCAUCCAAGAGUACGUCACACUGCGGACGCGCUACAGCGAGCUGACAACCCUCACCAGCCAGUACAUCAAGUUCAUCGCCGACACGCAGCGCCGCCUGGAGGACGACGAGAAAGCGUCUGAGAAGCUGAAAGAAGAGGAGAGGAGGAAGAUCGCCGACAUGCAGGCGGAGCUGGAGAAGCAGAAGCAGCUGGCCGAAGCUCACGCCGAGUCGGUGGCCAAAGCCGAGCAGGAGGCGGAGGAGCUGAAGCUGCGGAUGAGGGAGGAGGCGGAGCGGCGGCAGGACGUGGCGGCGGACGCCGAGAAGCAGAAGCAGAGCAUCCAGCAGCAGCUGCAGCAGCUGAGGAGCCUGUCGGAGCAGGAGGUGACGUCCAAGGGCCAGCAGCUGGAGGAGGCUCUGCUGAGUCGCACUCGGAUCGAGGAGGAGAUCCACGUGGUCCGGAUCCAGCUGGAGACCACCGUCAAGCAGAAGGCGGCGUCGGAGGCCGAGCUGCAGGGCCUCCGGGACAAGGCGGCGGAGGCCGAGCGGCUCCGCAAGGCGGCGCAGGAGGAGGCCGAGCGCCUCCGCCGGCAGGUCGCCGAGGAGGCGCAGAAGAAGAAGGACGCCGAGGACGAGCUGCGGCGCAAGUCCGAGGCGGAGAAGGAGGCGGCCCGGCAGAAGCAGAAGGCCCUGGACGAGCUGCAGAGGUUCAAGCUGCAGGCGGAGGAGGCGGAGAGGCGCGUGAAGCAGGCGGAGGAGGAGAAGCUGCGGCAGGUCCGGGUGGUGGAGGAGGUGGCGCAGAAGUCGGCGGCGACGCAGCUGCAGACGUCGGCCGUGUCCUUCAACCAGAAGGCGGCGGCGCUGGAAGAGUCGCUGAGGAAGGAGCAGGGCGCCGUGCAGCAGCUGCAGGAGGAGGCCGACGUCCUGCGGCGGCAGCAGGAGGAGGCCGACCGUGGCCGGGAGGAGGCCGAGCGCGAGCUGGAGGCCUGGCAGCAGAAGGCCAACGAGGCGCUGCGCCUGCGGCUGCGGGCCGAGGAGGAGGCGCAGAAGAAGAGCGUCGCCCAGGAGGAGGCGGAGCGGCAGAAGGCUGAGGCCGAGCGCGACGCCAGGAAGCGGGCGAAGGCAGAGGAGGCGGCGCUGAAGCAGAAGGACAACGCCGAGAAGGAGCUGGAGAAGCAGCGGGCGCAGGCCGAGCAGGUGGCGAAGCAGAAGCUGUCGGCGGAGCAGGAGUGCAUCCGCCUGAAGGCCGACUUCGACCACGCCGAGCAGCAGCGCGGCCUGCUGGACGGCGAGCUGCAGAGGCUCAAGGGCGAAGUCAGCGCCGCCGAGAAGCAGCGGCGGGAGCUGGAGGAGGAGCUCGCCAAGGUCCGCGGGGAGAUGGACGCCCUGCUGCAGAUGAAGGUCCGGGCGGAAGAGGAGACGCUGUCCAAGACGGAGAAGAGCAAGCAGCUGCUGGAGUCGGAGGCGCUGAAGAUGAAGCGGCUGGCGGAGGAGGCGUCCCGCCUCCGGUCCGUCGCCGAGGACGCCAAGAAGCAGCGGCAGGCCGCCGAGGAGGAGGCGGCCAGGCAGCGGGCCGAGGCCGAGAAGAUCCUCAAGGAAAAGCUGGCCGCCAUCGACGAGGCGACCCGCCUGAGGACCGAGGCGGAGAUUGCCCUGAAGGCCAAGGAGGCGGAGAACGAGCGGCUGAAGCGGCAGGCGGAGGAUGAGGCGUACCAGAGGAAAUUGCUGGAGGACAAGGCGGCGCAGCACAAGCUCGACAUCGAGGACAAGAUCCAGCAGCUCAAGAGCUCGUCGGACUCAGAGCUGGAGAGGCAAAAAACCAUGGUGGAGGAGACGAUGAGGCAGAAGAAGGUGGUGGAGGAGGAGAUCCACAUCAUCCGGGUCAGCUUCGAGAAGGCCUCCAAGGACAAGUCCGGCCUGGAGGCGGAGCUCAAGAAGCUGAAGGGCGUCGCCGAGAAGACGGAGAAGAGCAAGGACAAGGCGGAGAAAGAGGCAGAGAAGCUGAAGAAGCUGGCGGCCGAGGAGGAGAGGAAGAGGAAGGAAGCCGAGGAGACCGUGAAGAGGAUCACCGCCGCCGAGGAGGAGGCAGCACGCCAGUGCAAGGCGGCGCAGGACGAGGUGGAGCGCCUCAAGAAGAAGGCUGCCGAGGCCAACAAGCACAAGGAGAAGGCGGAGCAGGACGCGGCAAGGCAGGCGGCGCUGGCGGAGGAGGCGGCGCAGAAGUGCAGCGCCGCCGAGCGCAAGGCGCAGGACGUCCUCAGCAGGAACGAGGAGGACGUCCUCGCUCAGGAGAAGCUCAGAGACGAGUUCCACAACGCCAGGAAGCUGGCGGAGGCAGCGGAGAAAGCCAAGGACGCGGCGGAGAAGGAGGCGGCGGCACUUCGCCGGAAGGCCGACGAGGCUGAGCGGCAGAAGACGGCGGCGGAGGACGAAGCCGCCAAGCAGGCCAAGGCUCAGAGGGAUGCAGAGAAGCUGAGGAAGGAGGCGGAGGAGGAGGCGGCGCGGCGUGCGGCGGCCGAGGCUGCGGCGCUGGAGCAGAAGCGGCAGGCCGACGCCCAGAUGGCGAAACACAAGAAGGAGGCGGAGCAGGCGCUGGCGCAGAAGUCGGCGGUGCAGAAGGAGCUCGCCAAGGUCAAGCUGCAGCUGGACGAAACGGACACGCAGAAGGCCGUGCUGGACACCGAGCUGCAGCGCGUCAAGGGCGAGGUCAGCGAGUCCCUCAAACAGAAGACUCUGGUGGAGGACGAGCUGUCCAAGGUCAAGGCGCACAUGGACGAGUUGCUCAAGGUCAAGCUCAGGAUCGAGGAGGAGAACCGGCGUCUCAUGAAGAAGGACGAGGACAACACCCAGAAGCUGCUUCAGGAGGAGGCGGAGAAGAUGAAGUCCCUGGCGGAGGACGCCGCCCGCCUCAGCGCCGAGGCCCAGGAGGCGGCACGGCAGAGGCAGGUCGCCGAGGCCGACCUUGCCGAGCAGAGGGCCCUCGCCGAGAAGAUGCUGAAGGAGAAGAUGCAGGCCAUCCAGGAGGCCUCCAGGCUCAAGGCCGAGGCGGCGGAGCUGCAGAAGCAGAAGGACCAGGCCCAGGACAAGGCCCAGAAACUGCAGCAGGACAAGAACCAGAUCCAGCAGAGACUGGACAAGGAGACCGAAGGCUUCCAGAAAUCCUUGGAGGCGGAGCGGCAGAGGCAGCUGGAGGCGGAGGCCGAGGCCAAGAAGCUGAGGCUGAAGGUGAAGGAGCUCAGCGACGCCCAGGCAGCCGCCGAAGAGGAAGCCAAGCGGUUCAGGAAGCAGGCCGACGAGGCCAAAGACCGGCUCCAGAAGGCAGAGAAGCAAACGACGGAGACGGUGGUGCAGAAGCUGGAGACGCAGAGGCUGCAGAGCACCAGGGAGGCCGACGACCUGAGGAAGGCCAUCACGGACCUGGAGAAGGAGAAGGGGAAGCUGAAGAGAGAGGCGGAGGAGCUCCACGAGAAGUCCAAACAGAUGGCUAACGCCCAACAAGAGCAGAUCGAGCAGCAGAAGGCCAUACUUCAGCAGUCGCACCUCUCUGAGAAGGAGCUGCUGCUGAAGAGAGAAAAGGCGGUUGAAGAUGAGAAGAAGAAACUUGAGAAGCAGCUCGAGGAAGAGGUGAAGAAGGCCAAAGCUCUCAAAGAUGAACAGGAACGGCAGCGUAAGCUAGUGGACGAGGAGAAGAAGAAACUGAAGGCCGUAAUGGAUGAAGCUGUGAAGAAGCAGAAGGACGCCGAGGCGGAAAUGGUCAACAAACAGAAAGAGAUGGAGGUGCUCGAAAAGAAAAGGAUAGAGCAAGAAAAACUGCUGGAAGACGAGAACAAAAAACUGAGAGAGAAACUGCAGAGUCUCGAAGUUGCCUCGAAACCGUCCAAAACAAAGGAAAUUGAAGUUCAGACCGAUAAGGCUCCCGAGGAGCAACUGGUUGCCAUGACAAUGGUGGGAACAUCAAAGAAAGUUAUAAACGGCUCAGUUGAGGUGGACGGAGUGAAGAAAGGUGGAGAGUCGACGCUGGCAUUUGACGGGAUCAGAGGUAAAGUUCCUGCUCAAAGACUCCACGACAUCGGCGUCCUGACCAAGAAGGAGUUUGACAAACUGCAAAAGGGCAAAGUCUCGGUGCAAGAACUUGAAAAGACGGACAAGAUCAGAUCAUGUCUCAGAGGGCGGAGUUGCGCCGGAGGAGUCCUGACUCCAACCAAAGAGAGGAUGAGUGUCUAUCAGGCCAUGAAAGAGAACAAGAUCUCUCCUGACGCGGCUACGAUGCUCCUGGAAGCCCAGGCGGCCUCCGGCUACAUCGUUGACCCGGCGAGAAACAGGCUUCUCUCGGUUGACGAGGCCGUGAAGGAGAAGUUGAUCGGCCCCGAACUCCAUGACAAGAUGCUGUCUGCAGAGCGGGCAGCCACCGGCUUCAAGGACCCCUACACAGGCGCUAAGAUUUCUCUCUUUGAAGCCAUGAAGAAGGGUCUGAUCGAGAAGGAACAGGCCACCAAAUUCCUGGACGUGCAGCUUGCAACCGGUGGCAUCGUCGACCCCGUCAACAGCCACAGAGUACCAGCUCAGACGGCCUACAAACAGGGUCAGUUCGAUGCGGAUAUGAACAAGAAGCUCACCGAUCCCAGUGACGAUUGCAAACUGUUCAUUGACCCCAGCACCCAGGAGCAACUCACCUACAAGCAGUUGCUGGAGAAAUGCACCAAGGAUGCAGAGACCGGCCUGCUGAUGUUGCCGGUCACCGCGGAGGCAGCUCAAGCCGAGAGGACAUACACAGACCUGGAGACCAAAGACGUGUUCAGUAAAUCAAACCUCGAUGUUCCAUUCGGACGGUUCAAGGGGAAAACCGUCACCAUCUGGGAGGUCAUAAACUCUGAGUACUUCACCAUGGAGCAGAGGAGAGAACUGAUCCGCCAGUACAAGACCGGCAAGAUCACGGUGGAAAAGAUUAUCAAAAUCGUCAUCACCGUUGUGGAAGACAAAGAGAAGAACAACGGAAAUGUGUUCAAUGGUCUGAGGGCCCCCGUCUCUGCCAGCGAGCUGCUGGAGUCCAAGCUCAUAAACAAAGACUUGUUCAACAAGUUGAGCAACGGAAAGAUCUCAGCCAAAGAGAUCUCCGAGAUGGAUGCCGUGAAGAACGCUCUGCAAGGGUCCCCCAGCAUUGCAGGGGUGUUGCAUGAACCAACCAAGGAGAAGAUGUCCAUCUAUCAAGCCUUGAAGAAGGAAUUACUCUCCCCAGAGAUGGCUGUGAAUCUCCUUGAAGCUCAAGCUGCCACUGGGUUUAUGAUCGACCCGGUAAAGAAUGAGAGGAUCCCUGUUGAUGAAGCUGUUAAGUCGAGUCUCGUCGGCCCAGAGCUGCACGAACGCCUCCUGUCGGCAGAGAGAGCCAUCAGCGGCUACAAAGACCCGUACACAGGGAAAAACGUGUCCCUUUUCGAAGCCAUGAACAAAGGCCUCGUGAAGAGAGACCAGGGCAUCCGUCUCCUCGAGGCACAACUUGCAACAGGCGGAGUCAUCGACCCCAUCAAGAGCUACCGCAUCCCGCAUGAAGUGGCCUGCAAGCGUGGAUAUUUCGAUGAGGAGAUCAGCAAGACCUUGAACACAAACACGGAUGAAACUAAAGUAUUUUAUGAUCCCAAGUCACAGGAGGAUGCAACCUACGCACAGCUGAUGAGUAAAUGUGUGAGAGACAAGGAAACUGGACUCCCGCUGCUCCCACUGUCAAAGAAAGCGUCAAAGCCAAAAGAGGACAAACAGAUCAGCGAGACCAAAACUAAAGAGACCUUGAACCAAACCACCAUGGCUUUGGAGUGCGGACCUUUCAAAGGGAGAAAGGUCACCAUUUGGGAGAUCAUACACUCUAAAUACAUCACCGAGGAACAAAGGAUAGAGCUGAUUCGCCAGUACAGAAUAGGGCAAGUGACGAUUGAAAAGCUGAUUAAGAUUGUCGUAACAAUGGUUGAGGAAAAGGAAGACAAAACAAAGGAGGAGACUUUUGAAGGCCUCAGGGCACCAGUCACUGCCGCCUCGUUGCGUGAUGCCAACAUCAUCGAUAAGGCUACGUUUGACCAACUUCAGCAGGGUCAGAAGAAGCCCAAAGACAUCAGUAAAACAGAUAAAGUUAGGAAGUACCUUCAAGGCACAGACCGCAUUGACGGUGUCACCAUGGAAGACUCGGAUGAAAAGUUAAGCAUUUAUCAAGCAAUGAAAACCAAUAUUUUACAACACAAGACCGGCCUUGCGCUUCUGGAGGCCCAAGCUGGAACUGGUUUCAUAACUGAUCCGGUCAAGAACCUGAAGUACUCUGUGGACGAUGCCGUCAAGGCCGGAGUGGUCGGCCCCGAGCUCCACGAGAAACUCCUGUCGGCUGAAAAGGCAGUGACGGGAUACAAAGAUCCAUACACUGGCAGCAAGAUCUCUCUGUUCCAAGCCAUGAAGAAAGAGCUCGUGUUGAGGGAACACGCGAUUCCUCUCCUGGAAGCUCAGUUCACAUCCGGCGGUAUAAUCGAUCCAGUCAGCAGCCAUCGUGUUCCCUCCGACGUGGCCAUUCAGCGAGGCUAUUUCAGCAAACAAAUGUCAAAAUCCUUCAAUGAACCUUCGGGCGACGUUAAAGGCUUCACUGAUCCCAGCACCAACCAAAGCGUCACUUACAAAGAGUUGCUCGAGAAGUGCCGAAGGGAUCCCAACUCCGGCCUGUGCUACCUGCCGCUGCCCUCCGCCGAAGCUCCUGCCCCCGUUGAGAAAUCCUAUGAGUUCACGGAGGAGCAAGCCCAAGAGGAUCUGGCGAACACUCAGAUUGAGAUCCCACACAAGAGCUUUGCAGGGAAGAGCAUGAGUAUCUGGGAGGUCAUGAACUCAAACAUGCUUCCCGAAGAGGAGAGACGGCGACUCAUGGAGCAGUACCGCCGGGGCCAAAUCACAAAGGACAGAAUGCUAAUCAUCAUUAUUGAAAUUAUUGAACAACGGGAGACUCUUAAGUCGGAACAGGGCAUGUCAUGCGACGUCAUCAGAAGAAGGGUUACUAUCGAGGAGUUGUACCGUGCGCGAAUUAUUGACUUGCACACGUACAACCUACUGAAGCAAGAAAAGAUGACUGUCCGCGAGGUGAUGGAAGUGCCGUCAGUGAAGCAGUAUCUCUUCGGCACAGGCUGCAUCGCUGGAAUUAUGUCAGUCAGUCCUCCAAAGAUCAGCAUCUACCAGGCUAUGAAGAAUGGAAAGAUCAAGCCUGAAGUUGCUUUGAAACUCCUCGAAGCCCAAGCAGCAACGGGAUUCAUGCUCGACCCAGUAAAAGACGAGCUCCUAACGGUCGAUGAGGCUGUGCGCAAGGGACUGGUGGGCCCUGAGCUCCACGACAAGCUCCUCUCUGCUGAGCGGGCGGUUACAGGUUACAAGGAUCCAUACAGUGGAAAGGUCAUCUCUCUCUACCAGGCAAUGAAGAAAGAGCUGAUCCCUGAGGAUUAUGCCUUGGGGCUUUUGGAGGCCCAGAUUGCCACCGGAGGAGUGGUGGAUCCUGAAUAUUACUUCCGCCUUCCCACAGACGUUGCCAUGCAGCGUGGGUACAUCAACAAGGAGACCCUUGACAGGAUAUCAGAACCAACUGCAGAUGUUCGAGGUUACUCUGAUCCAACAACCGAUGAGAAACAAUCCUAUGCACAACUUCUGAAAAGGUCCAGAGUCGAUAAGGACAGUGGUUUGCGGUUGCUUUCGCUGUCAGACAGAAGGCUUCUCUUCGCGGGUCUCAGGAAGCAAAUCACUGUGAUCGAGCUGCUCCGGUCGCAGAUCAUCAGCCAAAAGACAUUCAACGACCUCAAUGAGGGCCACAUCACAGUUGAGGAGGUCAGCAGAGAGGUGAAGAAGUACCUCCAGGGCACCAGCUGUAUUGCUGGUGUGUAUGUCGAAUCUAGCAAAGACCGAUUGUCAAUUUACCAAGCCAUGAAGAAGAACAUGAUCAGACCGGGAACAGCUUUUGAGCUCCUCGAGGCCCAAGCCGCCACAGGCUACGUGAUCGAUCCCAUCAAGAACCUGAAGCUCAACGUCACUGAGGCUGUUAAGAUGGGUGUUGUUGGGCAAGAGUUUAAAGACAAACUUCUCUCCGCUGAACGAGCCGUCACAGGUUACCGCGAUCCUUACUCCGGCAAGCUCAUCUCUCUCUUCCAGGCGAUGAAGAAGGGACUCAUCCUGAAAGAUCAUGGCAUUCGUCUCCUGGAGGCUCAAAUAGCCACCGGUGGAAUAAUUGACCCGGAGGAGAGCCUCCGUCUGCCGGUUGAAGCGGCUUAUGAUCGCGGCCUCUUCGACCAGGAGAUGAACGAGAUCCUCACCGACCCCUCUGACGACACCAAAGGCUUCUUCGACCCCAACACAGAGGAAAACCUCACCUACCUCCAGCUGAUGGAGAGAUGUAUGACCGAUCCGGAGACCGGCCUGCACCUUCUGCUGAUGAAGGAAAAGAAACGCGAGCGGAAAACAUCGUCCAAGUCCUCGGUUCGCAAACGGAGAGUCGUCAUUGUCGACCCAGAGUCAGGCAAAGAGAUGUCCGUUUAUGAGGCGUAUCAGAAAGGCCUGAUUGACCACCAGACGUAUCUGGAGCUUGCAGAGCAGGAGUGUGAGUGGGAGGAAAUUACAAGCACCUCUUCUGAUGGAGUUGUGAAAUCCAUGAUCAUCGACAGGAGGUCUGGUCGUCAGUACGACAUUGAUGAUGCAAUCUCCAAGGCGCUCAUUGGCAAGUCGGCCCUGGACCAGUACCGCGCAGGAACACUGUCCAUCACCGAGUUUGCAGACAUGCUGUCUGGAAACAUGAGCGGUAGCAGAUCGCGGUCAUCCUCCUUCGGCUCCUCCUCCUCUUACACCAUGAGCCCAGUACCUUCAAUCAAGACACCGGCUACAACGUGGAACGACCCAACGGAGGAGACCGGCCCCGUGGCCGGCAUCCUGGACACUGAGACACUGGAGAAGGUGUCCGUCACCGAGGCUAUUCACAGAAACCUGGUGGACAAUAUCACCGGCCAAAGGUUGCUGGAAGCUCAGGCCUGCACAGGAGGAAUCAUCGACCCCAACACAGGGGAGAAAUUCCCGGUGACGGAUGCCAUGGGCAAGGGGCUCGUGGAUAAGAUCAUGGUGGACCGCAUCAGUUUGGCUCAGAAAGCCUACAACGGAUUUGAAGAUCCUCGAACCAAAACCAGAAUGUCAGCCGCCCAAGCCCUGAAAAAGGGAUGGUUGUACUACGAGGCCGGACAGCGAUUCCUGGAGGUUCAGUAUCUCACCGGUGGGCUGAUUGAACCGGACGUUACAAGCAGAGUCCCUAUAGAUGACGCAGUUAAGAAGGGAACCCUGGACGCACGGACAGCGCAGAAGUUACGGGACGUCAGUGCGUAUACAAAGUACCUCACAUGCCCUAAAACCAAGCUGAAGAUCUCCUACAAGGACGCCAUGGAUAGGAGCAUGAUUGAGGAGGGAAGUGGUCUGCGACUACUCGAAGCAUCGUCCCAGUCAAGCAAAGGCCUUUACAGUCCCUACAGCAUCAGCGGCUCCGGCUCCGCCACCGGGUCGCGGUCUGGUUCCAGAACCAGCUCCAGGUCUGGAUCCAGAAGAGGCAGCUUUGAUGCCACGGGAUCUAGUUUCACCACGACCUUCUCCUCCUCCUACGGUUCCCCGAGCUACAGCCGGCGGUACUGAGGUACCGGGCCGGACCGGGCCGAGGGAAGGUCGCGCUCUAAAGCCACAACGCUCACCAGAUGCCUAAUUGUCUGUGGAAUAAAGACUGCCUUUAUUCUGCUCUGCAUGGAGUUGUUACAACACUUAAGAUUUUUAAUUUUUUACGAAAACAAAUCAUCUGAUUGUAUAUUUUAGAUUUCCUUUUAGUCAUAUUGAUGAGGUCUCAUCGAAUAUCUGAUUCCGUACUGUAAACAAAUAGUACAAUCACGAGCAAUAUCCAUCAAGGACUUUGCAAUUGUUUUAUUUUUUAUUUUUAAAUAUGAGCAUUCAGUGUUCCACAAACAUGUUUAUCAGCUUCAAGUACCACAUCCGAGACGAUACAGAGAACCAAAUUGGAUGUACAAAGUCAAAUUCGUGUACAUGUGUAUAUUUCUGAAAAAUCGAGGCGACCAUAGCCGCUCUGCAGAGCAGAAUAGAGUCUAGUGAAGAUAAAUAACAAGGAACUGCUUUACAAAACGCCAAGCUUCAAGAUCUUUUCUCUCCUGGGCUACACUGCCAUAUAUACUCUCCCAAAGCAUCCGUCAAGGAAAACAACCUGCAGUUCGGACAUGUGCACCUGAUACCGGUGGAGGGAUUCUGGAGCUCGCUAGGUGCAUCAGUACCAUCGGACUCUUCUGGACGUGGAAGACCAACCCGUGAAGUCACUGCUAGUCUGGAUACGUUGGCAGAUUGCUCCAUGUCCGCCGAGCCUCCAGGUCCCUGCUCGGAUGUUUUAAGGCGUUAAUCUGGACUCUGAUCAUCACUGGAACUACAGAUUUUACAUAGCAGAGCAGAGUGCCUGCAGAACGCCAUGGUCCACCGUCCUCAGGUGGCGCUUACACCGUAAACCGACUGAUGCAUGGCUGAAGAUGAAUGCUACCCAUAAUAUUAUCGGCAGACGUCGCAGUUUAACCGUAGAGCGACCGCUGACAGCGCUGGUGUUUAAUGUUUCCAUGAUUCUACAUUGUUCUUCCUCCCAGGCAGUUAACGUCCGGACUGUGUUGAUGAUUAUAUGGAGCUGAUUUGCUAAAAGCCAAGAAUUAACAUUUCUUUGAGAAAGAUCUUCGAGCUUCGCGCCACACGCAGUAUUUGUAUUUUACACUACAUAUACCUUUUGUUUUCAUUUGAAAUAUUCUUUGUAAAGCAACAAAUUUGAUCUAUAUAUCAUUUUAUUUUCGUAUAUAUUUCUGCUUUGCAUGAUUUAUUAACACAGAAGAUACAAAGUUCAAAAUAGUUGUAUCCAUUAAAUCCUUUUUGUUGCAUUUGAAAAGGUUUGAAGGAUGUAUUUAACUGAGCGUCAGCAAGCCUCGUUUAAAAUGGUGUAUUUAUAAUUAAAGGGUGACGAGGAAUUUUACUGUAACGGCUUCCACUAUGUAAAUAAACACAGAAAUGAAAGCU